AUGGCGGCUGGACCCGUCAAUUUCAGAUUUUGGCUUCGUUUCCAGGUACAGAGCGACGGCUCCACACCAUCAGCCUCACCUUAUCAUACCUCAUUCCCUCAAUUCCCUCAGCUGCCCACUGAGCUUCGCCUGCAAAUAUGGGAUCACAUGUUACUACCCCGGGUGAUUCUGAUCACGUGCCAGGACCACGAAAGCAAGGUCGAAAUGGACUCAGAGCUAUCUGGACGGCCCUCUUGCCGACUUGUUCCCGCCCUUCUGCAUGUGAACAGAGAGGCCCGGUCUGUCGCCCUCGAACACUACGAACUAACCUUCAGCUGGAAGGUGCCAACGGCGCUCGCAGACCUGGAUAUCCUGCCGCCUUCUUCUGAAUUUGAAGAAUCCCGUAGACUAGCAACGCCGCAGUGGACAGAGCCGCACGUCUACUUCAAUUUCCGACAGGAUGCUUUGUUCCUACUGGGCGAGCUAGAACCAAGCACUUACAUGGGUUUCAACAGCCCAAUGACUUAUUUCUUGAACAGGGAGGAUACAAAGCGCGUCAGGAAAGUGGCGGUUGCUUUCCGAGCUCUUGGACAUGGUGAAAGUGGAUCACAGCAGGUUUUUGGCACUUUGUUUCAUGUUGUGGACAGGAUCAUGCCUCCUGAUCGAAAAGUCUUCAUUUGUGUCAACGAAGGCGAUGAAUUGACGCAUACCUUGAUGGGUGGGGAUGCCCCUCUGGUACCUGGCGGGCUGGAUUAUGCGACAAGACGUACGCUGAGUAGGGGACAUCAGCGCGAGCCCAGUGAUAUAGUCAUUGACUCGAUAAGCAGGUUUAGCCUGGAUGACGAGGUUGACCGACGUGAGAUCCUAGAACGGUAUCAGAGACACGAAUCUACUCCACAGAAUCAGGAGAGUAAUUUGAUACAGCAAAUCUGGAACAAUUGGUUCAGAGGCAAUAUCAUGACGUCGAGUCUCGCGGACAUGAAGUUCUGGCUAAUCAGGGAAGGGGAACUAAGGAAAUUUAUCAACGAGUAA